UUGAAAAAUGGCGGGGAAGCGACGGAACAGUCACGAUGAACAAGUGCUGUCCUCGCUCCCAACGAAACUAUGUAGUCGUCUUAUGGAUUUUCAAAAAGAAGGUGUCUGUUUUGCAGUUAAGAAGAAUGGAAGAUGCUUGAUUGCAGAUGAGAUGGGACUUGGUAAAACCUUGCAGGCUAUUUCUGUGGCAUACUUCUACAGGAAAGAGUGGCCAUUGUUGAUCAUUGUGCCGUCCUCCCUGAAGUUUGUGUGGGUGGAGGAGAUAGAGAAAUGGCUACCUGAUGUCCAGCCAAAGGACAUCUACCUCAUACAGACAGGUAACGAUGCUAGUGGAUUUGCUGAAGCCAAGAUCUCCAUUGCUACUUUCGGAUUGCUGUGCAAGUCAACCAGUAAAAUACUUCAUGAAGCCCUAACCAAUCAGAAGUUUGAGGUUGUAAUUGUUGACGAAUCACACUCCAUACGUAAUACCAAGACAUCCUCCUGUAAGGCUAUAGUUCCACUGGUCAAGUCAGCCAACCGGCGCAUUCUGUUGUCAGGAACGCCAUCCCUGGCCAGGCCUGUGGAGUUGUUCCCUCAAAUUGAUGCCCUUUGUCCAGGAAAGUUUGGCACAUGGUGGAACUUUACAGCCAAAUACUGUGAUGCAAAAACAGAGAUGUUUGGUCGGGUUAGACGUCGACGUGUUGAUGGGGCUAGUAACUUGGAGGAGCUGGCACAGCGUCUUUCCAGUAUGCUGAUGAUCCGCAGACUCAAAAGUGAUGUCCUCACCCAGCUGCCUCCCAAACAGAGACAACGUGUUCUAUUUCAGCUGAAAGACUCAGAGAUAAAAACUGAGAUAAAGACAACUUUUGGUGAGCUAAGGCCCCUAUUGACCAAGGGUAAAGACAAGGUUGACAUGAUGAAUGCCAUGCAGCAAGAAGGGAAGGGAGGUCACUCUACUAAUAUCCUUAUACAGAAACUAUACCGAUUGAGUGGAGAGGCAAAGAUAGGACCAGCCCGUGAUUAUGUGGAGAUGCUGUGUGAGAAUGAAAACCUUAAGUUCCUUGUGUUUGCUUACCACCAUAGUAUGAUGAAUGGGUUACAGCAAUCUCUGUACAACAAAAAGGUCAAGUUCAUUAGGAUAGAUGGUGAGACACCGCCCUCAGACAGACAGAUGUAUGUUCGGCAGUUUCAGUCAGACCCAGACACCAAGGUUGCUGUACUAAGUAUCCUGGCUGCAGGUGUUGGCCUGACCUUCACUGCAGCUAGCCUUGUUGUCUUUGCUGAGAUGUACUGGACGCCCGGUAUGAUGAUUCAGUGUGAGGAUCGUGCACACCGUAUCGGUCAGACAGCCUGUGUGUCCAUUCACUAUCUGGUUGCCAAGGAGACCAUGGAUGAGUGGGUCUGGUCAGCUGUAUGUAAGAAGACAAUUGUAACAACCACCACACUGAAUGGUAAGAAACAGGAGCUGGCUGCUGACAAGGGAAGUCGCUACCAGAUUGACAUUCUCUCUAACGCCGAUGCUGUCCUCCCUCAGCCCACCAAGGAUGUCGACCUGUCUGGCAUGUUUGUGUCACAGCAGCCUAAAGACCAAACAUCUAUUUUGGAUUUCGUUUCAUCUGGUAAAAAGAGAAAAAAAUCCGGCCCAGAUGGGAACUGCAAACGCAAGAAAAGGGUGGCUAGCACAGCCAGUACUGGUGUGAUAGAUCUUGUGGAGGAGGAUGACAUGUCUGUUGUAGAGGAGGAUGAUGAGUCUGUGAUAGAGGAGGAUGAGUCUGUGAUAGAGGAGGAUGAGUUUGUCGUAGAUGACGAUGAGUUGGGAGUUGAGAAGGAUGACAAUCUCUCUGAUGAUUGUUUACACGACAUCAGUCUACAUCGUCCAGGAAAAGGUGAUAAAAAUUCACAUAAACAAUCUAGUGUCAAAAGGUCAAGUGUUGAUGCUAGAAAAGAAGCAGGUGACCAUGACAAUUCAAAUAAAACCGCAACAAGUCGUGUCAGGAGACUUCAUAAUGUGGACAAUACUUGUUUAUCAAUAAAAGAUGCAGAGGAUGAUGAUGAUGAUUUCAUUCAUACACCUGGAAGCAAAGGAACUAGAAGAACUGUUGGGAAAACUGGAAAUGAAAGGAAAACUGUUUCCACAUCAAAAAAAGCAAAAAGAGACAGUAAACCCAUUAACAAACUUCGAAGAAAGUUGAGUCUGUCUCAGACGACCACUAAUUCCACAAGAACAUCAGAUGCAAGCAAAGCUGUUAUGUGGAGUUGUUCAGUGUGUACUUUCCUUAACCAUGAUGAUCUGCCAUACUGUGAAAUGUGCAAUGAGGCGAAGACAAAAGCUGUGGUGACACCUCAACAAGGCAAUAUACAGAGCAAUAGAGCAAAUGAUCCCUCAUCUCAUACAAAGUCUAAAGAGAUUCACAGCCAUUGCGGUUUACAGGGUCAUACAGAGUCAAAUGAAGCCCUUGACACAUGUGGUGUACAGAAUCUUGCAAAGUCAAGUGAAACUGUUGGUUCUUGUAUUGCAGAAAAUAUUAUACAUUCAAGGGAGAUUGGGAGCACAAACAGCAACCUGAAUGAUCUGCAGUGCAAAGGGGAGACAACCCUCAAGUCAAGUGCCAGUGGGACUAACCAGAGUGUCAGUCAGUGUAAGCAGCGUGAGGAAUCUAGUUUAGAUACACAGUGUGACAGGUCUAAUCUGAAUUUACAUUGUAACAAAUUUAGUCACACUGACCAGUGUGAAAAACUUAGUGCAAGUAAUCAGUGUGACAAAUCUAGUCUAUUAGAGGUGACCUUCACACCUAAGACAAGGACAGUGGGUGACCCUGAAGAUGUGACCUUGGAAGUGACUAGUCAUGAUGGCAGUGAGUCCUUGUUUUCUGAUGAUACACAAAGUAUAAAUGAUAUCACUUCUUACGACUCUGACACCCAUAUAGAAGAGGAUGGUGAGGACACCAUCUGUGAUAACGAUGACAGUGACCUUGAAAUUGGUUCUCAAUUUGAUCUUAAUUUUGAAUCACAAUUUGAUUUUGACAAUGAACCUCACGUUGGUGAUGAUAUUGAAUCUCACAAUGACCAAAAUGUAGCAACUGAUAACAAUUUAAAUGCUCAAACAUUAAAAGAGAAAUCACGAUGGAAGAAGGAUGAUGGGGAAGAAGAAGGUGAGAAAGAGGUAGAACAUAUAGAGGAUGUGAUGGAGGACAUAUUUGAGGACGACUGGGAGGAGGAAGUUUUGUCACAGUACAACUCUGAAGGUAUAAAUCCUGACGGACCUGCAAAAGUUUAUGUAGGCCUUGAAAGGCUUGGUCAAGGCUCACAUGAAAGCAGCAUCAGAUUACCAGAGAAUCCAAACCAAGGUACUUGUCCACAGGCCAAUGUGCGAGUGGUAGACUUGGACACUGUGACCGUCCACAAAUGUCUGAUGUACUGUUGCAGUAGAUAUACAGGACGUGUGUAUCUGUUUGACUGGGAGGGUAAUUCUCUGGAAGCCAAUUUCCUGCCUUUGGAUGUAGAACUAGGUAACCAGGAUGCCUUGCCUGAUCUUCUGCUCCACCCCGACAAUCUCAGACUGGUGGAGAGAUUCGUCAGAGAGUGGAACAGCCUUUCUGAAACCAAGCGCCGACUGAUCAUGAAGAGUGGCAUCCAGUUUAUAAGUCCACUGAGAGCAUACGAGGAUCUGCGUAGUGGGAAGACUAACUGCUCUCAGCGACACAUUAGCAAGGAAGACAUAGCAUCCAAAGCCAUUACCAAGGCACAGGAGGUGAAGGGGUCAACGAGGGUCAUUAGGAAACCUCAGGUGAAAGGUCAAAUUUCAGUCAAAUGUGAUGAGGUAACAUCAGCAACAGGUGCCCAGUCACACGGUGUGGUACAGGCUAUGAGUGAGGAUGGCACUCCUCUGUGCCUUCACUGCUACACACCAUAUACAAAUAAACUGUUGGGGCGCGAUUCCAUAACUAAUGCAGAGCAUGCCUGGACAACACGCUUCUGUUCACGUUCCUGCAUGGACUCCUACUGGAUGAAGACAAACUCCAAGUAUGGUCGUGACCGGGUAUAUGAAGCAGAACAUGGCUGCUGUCAAAUUUGUGGCUUUGAAGCACAUGCAUUCUUUAGACAGAUCAGAGAUAAUCCGGACUUGAAGCAGAGAGCAGAGCUGAUCAAUGGGAGCAAGUUUUGUGUUCUGACAUCAAGGCAGCGAGAACAGAUGGUGAAGCAUCCAGCUGCUGGCCAGUUUUGGCAUGCUGACCACAUUAGGCCUGUAUGGGAAGGUGGAGGAGAAUGUGACAUUGACAACCUCCGUACCCUAUGUGUACUGUGUCACCAGAAAGUCACUGCAGCACAGGCCAAGAAACGUGCACACAUCAGGAAGCUUGGCCCAGGAACAGGGGAUAUCUCAAUGUUCUUCAGACCUGUGAACUUCAAAAGCUCUCUAGGACAACAGGGGACAAAGUUAUGAUGUGUAGUGCCAAAAAAGAAAGAUUGUUAUGCGUAAAACAGUAAUAGAGUAAAUGAAUUCUAUCAAACUUGUCCUCGUCAAGUUUAUUUAUAGAAUGUAAUCAACUUGGAUGAUGAAAUAUUGUUAUG